AUGUUCCCUUGGUCUGCUAUGUUCUCGCUGGAGCCGAAGGUGCCUGGCCAGCGCACUCCAGAGGAGCUGGUUACUAACACCCUAAUGCUGGAGCUGGGUGCCAUGGUGAAGCGUACUGAGCGUAUCUGUUUGGAAAGGGCCAGCGAGGUGCGUCGCCGCUCCUCAUCCUCACCAGACUACAGCUGGCUGGCUGGGCCUCAACCCCAUGUACCCUACAAGCUCACGCCUAGAGACGUGCUGGACUUGCAGGAGCUCUGUUCACGGAUCCCACCUCCACAGUGUGGCCCAGUCAUUGUCAGGUUUCGUAAUUUAGUGUCUGAGCUUGAACCAGAAGUACAUGAGGUCCCUCAGCUGUUCCGCUCAGUGCUGAGAGCCUGUCUGGAUGAGGAGCAGGCUGAUGAAGAGCUGCAGGGGCGUGCAGCUCGUUGGGAGAAGCGGCGCAGUAAGAGCCUUUCAUUCGUCACCUUCCGAUCCAAGUUCCGUGCACUUAGCCGAGGCAUGGGCAGCUUCGGUGGAUCACGUAGCAACCUGCAGGAGGAAAACACAUGGUCAGAGGAGGAAGAGGAAGAAGCUGCAGAGCAGGCAACCUCAGCAGCGCCACGACAGAGAAGAGGGAGGAGUCACAGCAUGCCAGAAAUAAUCCCCACAGAGGGGUCUGCAUAGAGCUGCACAGUGAGGAGCAAGGGAAUAGGGAACA